GCUUAUAUAAAGCUGUUGCGCACAUAAUCUUGCAUAAUUCUUGCUAUGGAGUAUACGAAAGCAUUGGGCUGACUCCUCUAGGCCGCGGCAUUAAGCCGAGAAAAUUUUGAACAACACAGGUGCUCUCACAUUCGCGUAUCCUUCUCUGGAUCUGUACGACGUAAAGCCAACAUGUCUUCUCUCUGGUUGCUUCUGAUACACCAAUGAAUUGUUACACCACGGCUCCCCGGAAUUUCCGACAAAUCAACAAGAGUGACUACUGUUUAGCGAUUGCACGGUCGUUUAUGGGACUGUUUAUGACUUGAUUAGGAUACAUGUGGAGGAACUAAAGGCAACAGACGCUGACGUCGUAUGACGCGCCAUUAAAACCGGUCAAACGCGAAACUUUUUAUGAUCUUAGUGUCUUAUCAUCUUCCCACAGUGACAGUGCUAUUUUGAAGAUAUUGCUUGCUUUAUCGACAAAGAUUUCUUUCAUGCAAGUCUUUUUGCCUAUCAAGACCCAUACUUAAAAGGCAAUUGCGAAUUCUUGUUUGACUGUUUUUUAUUAUUCCCUUCACUGCACGCGGUGUGUGUCCUACUCAUCGUCCACACGUGUUAACCGUCACCACAGUAUCGCGCCAUCUAUUGCAUAACGAAUCGAACCGUUUAGUGUCAUAUCUGAUCUAAUUUCGUUACGAGCCUGUCACAACAAAAGUUAAAAAAUUUUGGUUGCCUAGGCGUCUUCUUAUUCGUCAGUGAUCUGUCCCUUUGGUCUCAAGUCGCCAUCGAGCACAGAGAUUGGUCCUGUGUACAAGACGUGCACGCAAUUCAUUGCCUUUAUUGGCAAAACGAAAAUUCAGAUUGAAAAUUUGCUUCUUAUAUUUUGAAUACUUUUCUGCUCCUUUACAACAAACUUGCACACAGAAUUGUUAGUUCCCGUUCAUUAGUGCUGCAAUUCGUCUCCACGUUUCCUGUGCGAGUCCUCUCUCGUUUACUGCCUUCUUGGUACACCCGUUUCGGUGUAAUCCUUUGAACUUCUCCGUUCUGUACUUAUAUUUUUUCCCCACAAUUUGGACCCGGGUGUUAAGAGAUAUCACGGGAACACAAUUGCUACCCCCAAUCUUAAUAUUUCUUAAACUCUGCUAGGCAAGGCUACGUCACGAUGCCCUCGAAAGAUCCUACAGAAACAACAACAACCGAUCUUGGGUCACAUACAAACACGUCCAGCAUUUCGCAGCACGAGACGAGCAACGACGAAACUGGCAUUGCUGAAUCCUCGUUUAGAGAGGACAAUUCGCCCGUGCUCGGCGCUACGUCGUCGGGAGACGCGAAAAAGAAUGGAGUUCAUAUCCGUGCUGUUUCUGUCGAAUCUGACGAAGAGUCUGUAGAUUCGGAUGCCGAAGAGUCAAAGACCGUUGACGAUGAAAAUGCCGCUGGCGUCGAGGACUCCAUCUAUCCCGAAGUUCGCGCCGCUGUACUUCCCUACGAUGACAAUACACUUCCCGUAAACACUUGGCGAACAUGGGUCUUGACCACGAUUUUCGUCAUUGUUUUUGCUGGUGUGAACCAGUUCUUCGUACUCAGAUACCCCUCGUUGUCCAUCAACUUCAUUGUUGCACAACUUAUUUUAUACCCCGUUGGUAAGCUUCUCGACAUGUUACCCAAUUGGCGCAUUGGUUACGGCAAGUAUGCCUUCCAAUUGAACCCAGCGCCCUUCAAUGUGAAGGAACAUGCUACAGUGACUAUCGCUGUGUCUCUGACUUCCGCAAUUGCUUAUGGCACCAACAUUCUCAGUGCUCAAACGUCUUUCUACAACCUUGAAUUUUCUUGGGGCUACAAGAUUCUUCUCAUUUUUACUUCCCAAGCCCUCGGCUAUGGUUUUGCUGGCCUUACUCGUCGCUGGAUUGUGUAUCCUGCAGCCAUGAUUUGGCCGCAGACACUUGUGAGUACUAUGCUGUUCCGUACCCUGCACGGUGAUGGUGUCGAUGCAAACGGCACCAAACUGAAGCCUGCUAACGGUUGGACCAUUACUCGUUAUCGGUUCUUCACUUAUGUUAUGGUGGCUGCCUUUAUCUUUUACUGGUUCCCUGGUUUCAUCUUCACUGCGCUUUCAUAUUUCACAUUUUUGUGUUGGAUUUGGCCCAAGAGCCGUGUUGUCAACCAGCUGUUUGGAUAUAACUCUGGUUUGGGUAUUCUUCCCGUGACCUUUGACUGGCAACAGGUCGUUUACAACAGCAAUCCUCUUGCCUCUCCUUGGUGGGUUAUUUGCAAUACGUUUGCCUCAGUCGUAAUCAUUUUCUGGAUUGUCGUUCCCAUCCUUUACUACAAGGGCGUUUGGUUUUCCAACUAUCUUCCGAUGCUCUCAUCAACGACAUUUGACAAUACCGGAACAAAGUACAAUGCGAGUCGUGUGCUUACUAAGGACCUUUCACUCAAUGAGACUGCCUACAAGAAUUAUUCGCCGCUUUACAUGCCCAUGUCGUACAGUAUGUCCACGGCACUGAACUUUGCCGCCGUUACGGCUAUUUUCACGCACUGCUUGCUUUACAAUGGAAAGGACAUUUGGAAGCGUUUGCGCAAUGAGCGCGGUACGCACGAAUGUAUCCACCGCAAGUUGAUGCGCCGUUACCCGGAAGCACCACAGUGGUGGUAUGGUGUUCUGUUCAUCGUAAUGUUCGGUUUGUCUAUUUUCACCAUUCGUUACUAUAACACCCAGACUCCUGUGUGGGCCUUUAUCGUCGGUCUGCUUAUUUUUAUUGUCAAUUUCGUUCCUCAAGGCGUGCUGGAAGGAAUUACCAAUCAACAUGUCGGUUUGAACAUCAUUACUGAAAUGGUUGCUGGUUACAUGCUUCCUGGAAAGCCCAUGCCGAACUUGAUGGUCAAGUUGUACGGUUUCAUUCCUAUGCGUCAAGGUCUUGAAUUCUCCCGUGAUCUGAAGCUUGCUCAGUACAUGAAGAUUCCUCCACGCACGCUGUUUUUCGUUCAGAUCUAUGCAACUUUGCUUGGUGCACUGACACAAGUCGGUGUUCAAGAAUGGAUGCGCUUCCACAUUCCCGACAUUUGCAGCUCUUCUCAACCUAAUGGCUUUACCUGUCCUAAUGGCCGUUCUAUUUACAACGCUUCUCUCAUUUGGGGUGCUAUAGGCCCCGCAAAAAUGUUUAAUAAGGGUCACCCAUAUUUCCCUCUUUUGUUUUUCUUCCCCCUUGGUGCUGCUGCACCUUUCCUUACGUACGCUCUUCGCAAGCGCUUCCCCAAAUCGUGGUUGGGCAAGCUCAAUGCCCCCGUGUUCUUUACCGGCCCUGGUAACAUUCCUCCUGCCACGGGUAUUAAUUACUCGUCAUGGGCUAUUGUUGGUUUCAUUUUCAAUUAUGUUAUCCGCCGUCGUGCCUUUGCAUGGUGGCGCCGUUACAAUUAUGUUUUGGCUGCUGCUAUGGAUUCAGGUGUUGCUGUUGCAACCGUCAUCAUCUUUCUGUGUGUCACAUAUCCAGGAGGAACUCUUAAGUGGUGGGGCAACACUGUCUACAAAAAUACUUACGACUGGAAGAGUGUUCCCUAUCACAAAGUCGCUACUAAUACAACAUUUGGCUAUAAGAAGUGGUAGUUUGCCUAUCCAGCUGGGCUGUCUUGCCAACAUAACAUUUUAGUUCCUUAUUUAUCGGCAACUCAUGCACUAAAUGUUUCGAUUGGCCGAAACUAAUGUGCCCUGUUUAAUUUUCUUUAUGUUGCGUGGGAUCGCACAUAUUGUUUUCCUGUCAUUCUACUCUUGUUUCUUCGUUAUGAUUUGUUUACUGUACUUUUACCCCGGUUCACAUUAUUUUCUCUGCAUUGAGGGUACGAGACUACAUUCUUUUUCUUGUUGUCGAUCUCAUUCUGUUAAUAAUU